CUCUCCCCUCCCCUCCCCUCACUUCUGCACUGAGAGCCUCCAGAGCCAAAUAAAAUGUAUGUGUGGCUCCUUCUCUAUCACCCUUUCCUCUCUGACAUUCCAGUGUGCAGUUGAGGGAUUGAAUGCCUGGAUACAGACACAGGAGCGAACACACGGCAAAGGAGUGAAAGGGAAUUCUCUACUGUGGACUGUUGACUGUGAAGUGUUUGGAUUUUUUCCUCCAACUCAAACUUUGUGCACUCUCUAAUUGUGCCUUUACUCUAUCUGACGUCUUGACAUCUCCAGCUGGACAUUUAAUCAUUCUAGAACUUCAGAAGCAUCACAAAAUAUUUUCUGUGGCUCUGGCUUUUUUUUUCCUUUUUCUUCAUUGAAACAGAUCAAGUGUUUGGUCACAAAACAAGCGAAUUGGUCCAUCAGCACAGGGGCUGUGACAGCCCUGUCUCCUCCAUGAUGGCGGAACUCUUGCAGCCCAGCACUAACAGCCUCCAGGUCCCAGAUGAGAACAGAUCCAGGUCAACAUCUCCAAGCAGCUCUCCUUCUCCUUCCAGAAACGACUGCAGUAUCGCUCCUCUCACUCCCUCGCCCUCUCCGAGGACUGAACUGAGGCCACAUGUAGCAAGUCCGUUUUCUGUAGUAGUGGCUAUUGAUUUUGGCACCACCUCCAGUGGCUAUGCCUUCAGUUUCACAGAGGACCCAGAGGUCAUCCAUAUGAUGCGGCGAUGGGAAGGUGGGGAUCCAGGCGUGGCCAAUCAGAAGAGCCCCACUUGCUUGCUGCUGACCCCUGACCUGCGCUUCCACAGUUUUGGCUUUGCAGCACGAGACAGCUACCACGACUUGGAUCCUGAAGAAGCUAGACACUGGCUCUACUUCGAUAAAUUCAAGAUGAAGAUUCAUAGCACUAGUGACCUCACCAUGGUGACAGAGCUGGAGUCAGUGAGUGGAAGAAGAGUUCGGGCCAUUGAGGUUUUUGCACAUGCUUUAAGAUUCUUUCGGGAGCAUGUUUUAAAGGAGGUGAAGGACCAGUCUUCUUCUGUACUGGAAGGUGAUGAAGUACGAUGGGUCAUCACUGUUCCUGCUGUGUGGAGACAACCAGCCAAGCAGUUCAUGAGAGAAGCUGCUUACCUGGCUGGUCUUGUGUCUAGAGACUCUGCCGAGCAGCUACUCAUUGCUCUUGAACCUGAAGCUGCCUCAAUCUAUUGUAGAAAGCUCCGCCUCCACCAGGUCAUUGACCUCAGCCAGAGACCAAUGACCAACGGCCUGGACCUGGAUGGGUCCCGUCCCUUCGACUCCAGUUUCAGACAAGCACGUGAACAGCUUCGCAGAGCCAGACACAGCCGAACAUUCCUCGUGGAGAGUGGAACUGGGGAGCUGUGGUCUGAGAUGCAGACGGGUGAUAAGUACAUAGUGGCGGACUGUGGAGGAGGGACGGUGGAUCUCACAGUACAUCAGAUUGAACAGCCUCAGGGAACACUGAAAGAGCUGUACAAAGCAUCAGGAGGUCCUUAUGGCGCAGUAGGUGUAGACCUGGCUUUCGAGGCCAUGCUGUGUCAGAUAUUUGGGACAGACUUCAUUGAAACGUUUAAAGCCAAACGUCCAGCUGCCUGGGUGGAUCUGACCAUCGCCUUCGAGGCCCGCAAACGCACAGCAGCCCCAAGCAGAACAAGUUCACUCAACAUCUCACUGCCCUUCUCAUUCAUCGACUUCUACAAGAGACACUGCGGCCAGAGCGUGGAGACAGCGCUACGGAAGAGCAAUAUAAAUAUAGUGAAAUGGUCUUCUCAAGGGAUGCUAAGGCUCACAGCAGAGGCUACAAAUGAGCUUUUCCAACCUACCAUCAGCAAGAUCAUCAAGCACAUUGAGGACUUGAUGGAGAAGGAAGAAGUAAAGAAUGUGCGCUUCCUAUUCUUGGUGGGUGGUUUUGCUGAAUCUCCUAUGCUCCAGCGUGCAGUCCAGAAUGCACUGGGGCAGCGCUGCCGCAUCAUCAUCCCUCAGGAUGUAGGUCUUACUAUCCUGAAGGGGGCAGUGCUGUUUGGCUUAGACCCCACAGUGGUUCGAGUCCGUCGGUGCCCAUUAACAUACGGCGUUGGUGUCCUAAACCGUUUUGUUGAAGGUCGUCAUCCACACGAGAAGCUUCUCAUCAAAGAUGGCCGGCAGUGGUGCACAGACAUCCUUGAUCGCUUCGUUUGCACUGACCAAUCAGUGGCCUUGGGUGAGGUGGUUAGGCGGAGCUACACCCCAGCCAGAGUGGGCCAAAGGAAGAUUAUAAUAAAUAUUUACUGCUGCAGCAGUGAUGAUGUGGUGUACAUUACAGAUGCUGGAGUUAGGAAGUGUGGCACCAUAACUCUGGACCUGCCCGAGCCAGAGGAAGGUGCCAUCAACAGCAGCACAAACGGAGCAGUGCUUGAGCGCAGGGAGAUACGAGCCACAAUGCAGUUUGGAGACACAGAAAUUAAAGUGACAGCUAUUGACAUGGCCACAGGGAGACAGGUCAGGGCUUCUAUUGACUUCCUGUCUAACUAACCGAAUUACCUACGCGUCGAGGAAAAGACAGACAUUCAGAAUCCAUCCAUCAGGGGUCCUGAAAGAGUUUGGCACAUUUGCUCAGUUUAUCAAAGCUGUUUCAUUAUAAGAAACCACUUAACUUUAUUUUUUUAAGCUGUUACUAUUGCUCAGAAUUAUUACCAAGUAGUCAUGUGUUUUUAUGAUCGAAACUUGUGUAAGUACAGUUAGGUCCAUAUAUAUUUGGACACUGACACAAAUUUUGUUUUUUUACCUGUUUACUGAAACAUAUUCAAGUUAUAGUUAUAUAAUGGACAUGGACAUAAAGUCCAGACUUUCAGCUUUCAUUUGAGGGUAUCCACAUUAAAAUUGGAUGAAGGGUUUAGGAGUUUCAGCUCCUUAACAUGUGCCACCCUGUUUUUCAAGGGACCAAAAGUAAUUGGACAAUUGACUCAUGGGCAGGUGUGGGAAAUUCCUUCGUUACGUCAUUCUCAAUUAAGCAGAUAAAAGGCCUGGAGUUGAUUUGAGGUGUGGUGCUUGCAUAUGGAAGAUUUUGCUGUGAAGAAAACAUGCAGUCAAAGGAGCUCUCCAUGCAGGUGAAACAAGCCAUCCUUAAGCUGCAAAAACAGAAAAAACCCAUCUGAGAAAUUGCUACAAUAUUAGGAGUGGCAAAAUCUACAGUUUGGUACAUCCUGAGAAAGAAAGAAAGCACUGGUGAACUCAUCAAUGCAAAAAGACCUGGACGCCCACAGAAGACAACAGUGGUGGAUGAUCGCAGAAUAAUUUCCAUGGUGAAGAGAAACCCCUUCACAACAGCCAACCAAGUGAACAACACUCUCCAGGAGGUAGGCGUAUCAAUAUCCAAAUCUACCAUAAAGAGAAGACUGCAUGAAAGUAAAUACAGAGGGUUCACUGCACGGUGCAAGCCACUCAUAAGCCUCAAGAAUAAAAAGGCUAGAUUGGACUUUGCUAAAAAACAUCUAAAAAAGCCAGCACAGUUCUGGAAGAACAUUCUUUGGACAGAUGAAACCAAGAUCAACCUCUACCAGAAUGAUGGAAAGAAAAAAGUAUGGUGAAGGUGUGGUACAGCUCAUGAUCCAAAGCAUACCACAUCAUCUGUAAAACACAGUGGAGACAGUGUGAUGGCUUGGGCAUGCAUGGCUGCCAGUGGCACUGGGUCACUAGUGUUUAUUGAUGAUGUGACACAGGACAGAAGCAGCCGGAUGAAUUCUGAGGUAUUCAGAGACACACUGUGUGCUCAAAUCCAGCCAAACCUAUUGGUCGGCGUGUCAUAAUACAGACGGACAAUGACCCAAAACAUAAAGCCAAAGCAACCCAGGAGUUUAUUAAAGCAAAGAAGUGGAAUAUUCUUGAAUGGCCAAGUCAGUCACCUGAUCUCAACCCAAUUGAGCAUGCAUUUCACUUGUUAAAGACUAAACUUCAGACAGAAAGGCCCACAAACAAACAGCAACUGAAAACCGGUGCAGUAAAGGCCUGGCAGAGCAUUAAAAAGGAGGAAACACAGGGUCUGGUGAUGUCCAUGAGUUCAAGACUUCAGGCAGUCAUUGCCAACAAAGGGUUUUCAGCCAAGUAUUAGAAAUGAACAUUUUAUUUACAAUUAUUUAAUUUGUCCAAUUACUUUUGAGCCCCUGAAAUGAAGGGAUUGUGUUUAAAAAAUGCUUUAGUUCCUCACAUUUGUAUGCAAUCAUUUUGUUCAACCCACUGAAUUAAAGCUGAAAGUCUGAACUUCAACUGCAUCUGAAUUGUUUUGUUCAAAAUUCAUUGUGGUAAUGUACAGAACCAAAAUUAGAAAAAUGUUGUCUCUGUCCAAAUAUUUAUGGACCUAACUGUAGAUGUCUCUCUCUCUCUCCCCCCCCCCACCACUUUUUAACCAACAAUGCCACCUAGUGGCUUGGGGAUAAACUGGGCAUCUCAUGGACUGAAAAGCUUGAAUACUGGAUCAUAAGGACUUCAGAGGAAUCACACAAUGUGCACAAAGGUGUUUUUUUUUUAGCUAUACAUUAACUUUGAAGAUGUAUCUAAUACAUAUUAUGAACACAAAACCUAA